UGUGCCGACGCUUGGCUGGAGAAGAAAAGUUAGGACAUAGUAUUUAUUAAAACUGUUACUCAAACAGUGUUUAGAUUACGAUACACGCAUUAGAACCCAUCGAAAAGAUUUUAACGUAUCGUAGCCAUCUUUCGAUGUGCGGAAACGGUCAAAGGGACGUUUUGUUAAUGGCACGCCGCCUGUUGCUUCACGCUUGCUUCAAUCUGCAAAAGACGACCUGAGUAAACGCUUCGGUUCGGUGAACAAAUUUGCUUCAAGGUGGAAGACCUCAUUUCAUCCUUUUCCAAAAUGGAGUCCAAGCGCAAAGAAGGAGGCCAUGGAGAUUGCCAUGAUCAUAGCAACUGCACUCCGAGUAAUACCGAAGCUGUACAGUCUUUGAGUGAAUUGGAUUUUGAUCGUGGAAUAUGGAGUGCAGCAAUGAAUAAUGAGCUCGAUCGCUUACGUACGCUAAUAACCAAAGGACACCUGCACGACCGAGAUAGCUGCGGCUACACCGCACUUCAUUACGCCGCCCGCAGUGGCCAUCGGGAUGCCUGCCAGUUGCUUCUUUCCGGCGGCCUCGGAGUGGAUGAGGUAACGAACGGUGGCGUGACGGCGUUGCAACGUGCCGCUAUGAUGGGCCAUGAGCAGAUUGUUCGGUUGCUGCUUUCGCACAAAGCGAAUCCAUCGCUUCGGGACAGCGAUGGAAGGACGGCGUUACAUCGGGCGGCCGAAGGAGGCCACCUUGCGUGCUGCCAGCGAUUGGUGGAACAGAAUCCAGCCCUGCGCCAGACCGAGGACGCACGACACCAGAAGCCGAUCGAUCUCGUGCGAGAUCAUCGUAGCAACGCCGAUGAGCUAAGACGCCUGCUGGGAUGUUAACUUCCGGUUCCCGGACACUUUUUUAAGCCAUUCUGAAUGUACAAAACGCCGUUCAUGUAUGCACCCAAAGAGGAUCUUUCUUUUUAAAAGCACCUCCGUCGGACUCGCCCUGCUGGUCCGGUAGUCUUCCCUAUCUAGUGGUUUUGUUUGUGUACGCUUAAGCGCUUGCUUUUGAAAGGUAAUUCGAACGCGAAGGAAGAAACGCGGUCAAAAUGGAAUUUUACAUCGAGUGUCGCACAAAAAGAUGUUUUAGUCAAAAUGUUUAAAAGUUGUAAUAGACAAUUAUUUAAAAAAUAAAUAAAGUGAACAUUAUCUGACUUCCUGUAAUACCCCAAUUA